AAUUACAACUUUAAAGUCCCUCAAUAAAAACUACGACCAUUCCCCCAACACUUUUACGCUAUAUAAAACACAGCUCAGUUCCUUCUCUCACAAAAAGUUUCCUUCCUACAAAGAAAAAAAAAUGGAGAAACCAUUUGUGGAACCGUGGAGGCCUGAACCGGUGCCGUUGCGGUUCCGGCCACCGGAGAUACCACGUGAACCCAUGGAGUUCUUGUCACGUUCAUGGAGUGUUUCGGCUUUGGAAGUUUCAAGGGCUUUAGCUCCUACGUCUUCGCAAGCUGCUGGUUCUCAUCAAAUGUUUUUAGAAGGUUCUUCGAGUGGUAACGUUGUUAUACAAGAAGACAUAGCGGGUGAGCUUGAAGACAGUGGCAUAGUUUCGGGCAACCCUUUCUCUUUUGCUUCUUCUGAAACUUCCCAGAUGGUCAUGGAGAGAAUCAUGUCACAGUCGCAGCAAGAAGUAUCUCCAAGAACAUCAGGGAGGCUAUCUCAUAGCAGUGGACCAUUAACUGGAGCUCAAAGCUGUGGUUCCUUGACAGAUAGUCCUCCAGUUUCCCCUUCAGAGAUUGAUGAUGUUAAGCAAUUUUGUCGGGGCAGUAAUUCCCUCAACACGCAGUUCCGUACAACCACAACAGUUGCGGCUACCCCUGUUACAACUGCUGUGACAGGUGGUGGAAAGACGGUGGGACGAUGGCUGAAGGACAGGAGGGAGAAGAAGAAAGAAGAAACACGGGCUCAUAAUGCUCAGCUGCAUGCUGCUAUCUCUGUUGCCGGGGUUGCGGCAGCUGUGGCAGCUAUUGCGGCGGCCACUGCUGCCUCCUCGAGUGCUGGAAAGGAUGAGCAGAUGGCAAAGACCGAUAUGGCAGUGGCAUCAGCUGCAGCCCUUGUUGCUGCGCAAUGCGUGGAGGCAGCAGAAGCCUUGGGGGCUGAGCGAGAGCAUUUGGCCUCCGUAAUCAGCUCUGCAGUCAAUGUCCGGUCCGCUGGAGAUAUCAUGACCUUAACUGCUGGGGCAGCAACAGCAUUAAGAGGAGCAGCCACCUUGAAGGCAAGGGCCCUGAAGGAAGUAUGGAACAUAGCAGCUGUUAUUCCUGUGGAUAAAGGUGGUGGCAAUGGAAGCAAUGGUAGCUCUAAUGGUAGCUUUAGUGGGGAGCUUGUUCCGGAAGAGAAUUUCUUGGGAAUAUGCAGUAGGGAAUUGCUUGCUAGAGGUUGUGAUCUUCUCAAGCGCACUCGAAAAGGUGAUCUUCAUUGGAAGAUUGUCUCUGUUUAUAUAAAUAAAAUGAACCAGGUUAUGUUGAAGAUGAAGAGUAGACAUGUUGCUGGGACCAUUACAAAAAAGAAAAAGAAUGUGGUCUUGGAGGUGAUUAAAGAUAUGCCGGCAUGGCCCGGUCGCCACUUGCUUGAGGGUGGAGAGAAUCGGAAAUACUUCGGAUUGAAGACAGUGAUGCGCGGGGUUGUGGAGUUUGAGUGCAGGAACCAGAGAGAGUAUGAUAUUUGGACUCAGGGUGUGUCAAGGCUCCUCUCCAUUGCUGCAGAGAAGAACAAUAGAAAUAGAAUUUGAAGCUUUGGGUACACGAGGGGAGAAAUCUGACAGAAAGCGUAAUUACAUAUUGGGGGGUUAUAGGAUCAAAUGCCUCCAUGAUUUGAUGAGGCUGUGAUUUUUGUGUGUUUCCACUGUAAAAAAAAAAAAGUUGAAACUAAAGAAAAUAUUAUCCAAAUGGGAUUGUGGGCUUUUGUUCUUUAUUUUUGAACUGGAAAGAGUAAAGUGCUUCGAAUCAAAGUACCCAAAUCCAUGUGAUCCAAGUUCCAUGAUCUUUCACUGUUCAGCAAAGAAAACUGAGUAUCUUGGACCGGGAUGGUCAAAAGGAGAAGAAAGGAAUCUCAUUUUGGUGAAGGAAUGAUGAUAUUGGAGAUGAUAAAGACACCGCCGAUUCUCUGUGCUUAGUAUUUAUAUAUUUGUUUUAGCUAAGCUCUUUGGUUUCGUCAUUUUUUAAGAAGUUACCCUUUGGCUCUUAGAUUUAGGUGUGUUACAUAUGGUGGGACAGAUCUUCUUGAUUUAUAAUAUUUCAUUUUAAUAUUAUAUUAACUAAAGUUAAUCGAAGACUUUGGUGACUAUUUUAUUUGUCAGAUUAAUUGUCAGAUGGAUGCUGUAAAUAAUAACAGUCUCUGAGAAACCGUCUCAAAUAAUGCUUUUUCAGACUUGGAUGAAUCAAACAUUCGGUUGAAUUCAGGCUACAUACAAUAUUUUAAUUAAAUUGUAUAGUUGUUUGCUUUGUUAAUGACAAAUUGUUCUUUUUGGACUGAUGAGAGUUUAGGAGCAUGGGAUGCUCCGAUGAG